AGCACCUUCGAACUUUCACCUUUUCAGGCUAAAGCUCACGUGUUUCUACACGCUUGGGAAGAGCGUCACGAGAAUGGCGGCGAAGAUAACAGACGCCGAAAAAGAAAUGGAGACUGAAUUUCUGCCAGGACAGUCGGCGCAAGUAUCACAUGAAGUCCCCGAGACUCAGACACCCCAGGAUGGCCUUCCACCAUCAAUGCACUCCAUGCCAGAAAGAGGCCUCAAGUGGCCCGUCCAGUCUACGAAGAUGCAGGUCACUUCUCCCACAAGCGACGACGAUAACUCGCACGAGCAACCGGGGCAAUGUCAGGAGAAAAAAGACGGAGAACGUUGGGUUGCUGUGCUGCGCACUUUCAUCAACGUAUGUCAGCCUUACUUUAACUUCCUGGAAUCUACAGCCAGAACCUUGACGUUGUCCUCCGACACGGAACGUGCGCAGCUUUUGGCGUUCUCUCAAGAAAUGUGUGAGAUUUUGGAAUCUCUGGUGCUGACUUUCGCCAGCCGCAAGCUCCUCACUUUGGACGAGACCGACCCUGACAAUAUGUCCCACUUCUGCAUCGGCCAAAUACAACUGGACGCGCUGAGGUUGAGCGUGACCGUGUUCCGCUACUGCAAACCCAUGCCUUACCUUGCGAGGCUUAACACCGGGAUGUACAAGCGCAUGCGCUGGAAUGUGGAGGGACUCGAUGAAGCGCACUUGCCCGAGAUAAAGUUCUACUACCUGUGCUACGAGGAUGUUCCCAAUCUGGACAGAGAUGGCGACAAAUCAGAUUCCACAGGGGUGCGGCUGUGGUCCAUUGGUCAGUGGGUGCACGUGGGGCCUGGCCCCAGCAUGGAGGACAUCUUAGACUGGUUGCUGUGCGACGUUCCGGCGGGCGCCUUCGAGAAGCUGCUGUUCGUGGGCGAACACGAGCCGUCCAGCUGCCAGGCCACCGACCAAAUGCUGCAGCUGCUCACGUCCCGGGAGGACGUCACACACACCCCAAGAAAGACUUUUUUGAGAAUGUCAGCAAACGACAGCGAAGAGAUGGCGGUCAACCUUCUGCCCGGAUGGUCGGCCCAAGUGCGCCACAGGGUCAGAAGUUCAGCGCGAGCAGGACUCGAGGUUGCCGCAGUGAGGAGUUUCACCAGCGCCUGCCAGCCAUAUUUUAAUUUCCUGGAGUCCACGGCCAGAACCAUGCAGCUGCCCCCUGAAAUGUACGUCCAGCUGAUGGAGUUCUCCCAGCAGAUGUGUGACACGUUGGAACGUCUGAUCCUGUCCUUCGCCAGCACCAACCUCCUCACUUUGGACGAGUCAGACCCUAACAACAUGUCUCACUUCUGCAUCGGUCAAAUACGGCUGGACCACCUGCGGCUGAGCGUGACCGCGUUCCGCUACUGCCAGCCUACGCCGUACCUGGCCAGGGUCGACACCGGCGUGUUUAAGCGCAUGCGCUGGAACGUGACUGGACUCGAUGGAGAAAGCAAGUCCGAGACAGAGUAUUACUUCCUGUGCUACGAGGACACCCCCAACAUGUACACGGAGGGCGACGGCGGAGAUUCGGGAACGAUGCGGCUCUGGUCCAUUGGGCAGUGGGUGCAGGUGAAGCCUGACCCCAACACGGAGGACAUCUUUGACUGGGUGCUGUGCGACGUUCCCGAGGGGGCCUUCCAGAAGCUGCUGUUCAUGGGCAGCCAAGAGCCUUCAAGCUGCACGGCUACAGACCAUCUGCUGCAGCUGCUUCUUCACCAGUCAGCUCACCCCAGAGCGCCUCUCAGCUUCUGAGGACGGAAUUGCUGUCGGGCCAAUGAGAAAGUGUCGCUUGUGCUUUUGGAGGUCAGGAAAAGCCUACUAGAACAGCUUCACUUGGAGUUUUGAAGGACUUUUAAAAUGGCGGCAGCUGUGUUGAAUACCAUACUAAAUAUUUUGUUCACAUUCUG